CUAAUCCCACUUAUGCCGUGAUUGGCUUGUCUUCUCAGUACACUGCUGACGAUAAGAAACCUUCAUUUGAUUUACGAAUCAACUGGCCCGAAAAAGUGGUUGGAAUUCAUGAUUCUGCAGACAUUUUUAACGAAGGAUAUCAUCGCGGGCGUUUUCAUGUGAAAACUGCCUUUGAACAACUUCGAAACUUCUCCGUCGAUGGAAAUUUCACCCCACCUUCUGUCGAUCCUUACGUGUUCAAGCUUGACUUGGGAACCAGAUGGAAUGAAGUGGAAUACGUAACGUUUAAUGCAACUUUCGAAGCUGAGUUAUUAUUUAAUCCGCGGUCUCGACAAGGAGAUGAGAGCAUGGGACGCUUAUAUUGGACUCGAUGAUUCCGUCAGAGAUCUCUUGACUUCACUCAAGGCUAUUUCUGAAUUGCAAAAUCCUGCUGUACGUGAACGGCCUUGGACUCAACUCAUUGAAGCCACUAAACGCAAAACAUUCCUCAGAGACAACUUUACAGUCAGCCUGGUUACUGGCAUCGAUACUACACUGGCAGAUUUGUUGGCCUUGGAUCUUCACCGUUACGAAGAUGAAGUGAGAUCGGUAGUUUACCGGGCCGUGCGUGAAGUAUCAAUGGAGAAAACACUGCGAGAGCUGGAAGCUACUUGGGCCACUCUGGAGUGGGGCAAAGAAGAACACGCUCGAACGGGAUUGACUUGGCUGAAAGCAUCAGAUGAGCUCAUCGCAACUCUGGAAGAUAAUCAGGUCCAAUUGCAAACUUUGGCCAGUUCCAAGUACGUUGCCCAUUUGAUGACCGAUGUCUUGGACUGGCAGCGUCGCUUGGGACUUUCAGAUCAAGUGCUGGCAUUGUGGUGUGAAGUCCAGCGUUCCUGGUCCCAUUUGGAGUCCAUUUUUGCCGGUUCUUGCACGGACGAUAUUCGUCAACAACUACCCGAAGACUCUUAUCGUUUUGACGAGACCAACGCCAAUUUAAAAGAACUUCUCGGCCACUUACUACUGAAACCCAACGUCAUAAGCGUGUCCACUCGUCCCAACGUCCUCGACGACAAGCACCGCAUCGAUUCCCAGUUGCAGCUCUGCGAGAUUCAGAUUGUCCAAUUGAAUUCGCUUGUUGGACUACUUGGAGGUGACCUGAGUCCAAACGACAUGCAGAAAGUUACGACCCUGUGCACGAUUGACGUUCACUCACGAGACGUUGUCGCACGACUGGUCCAGCCUAAAGUGGAAAGCAGCCAGGCUUUUGCAUGGCAAUCUCAGCUUCGUCACAGAUGGAAUUAUACGGAAAAGGAUUGUUUCGUCAACAUUUGCGAUGCCCAAUUUCGUUAUUGGUACGAAUAUCUCGGCAACACUCCACGUCUUGUAGUGACACCUUUGACGGAUCGUGGUUACGUCACGCUUGCACAGAGUUUGCAUCUCACUAUGGGAGGUGCACCGGCCGGUCCGGCUGGUACCGGUAAAACGGAAACGACCAAAGACCUCGGUCGAGCUCUGGGCAUGUUGGUCUACGUCUUCAAUUGUUCAGAACAAAUGGAUUACAAAACGUGCGGCAACAUUUACAAAGGACUAGCCAAGACGGGCGCGUGGGGAUGUUUUGACGAGUUCAAUCGUAUCUCGGUCGAGGUUCUCAGUCGUCGCUGUCCAAAUUCGUUCCAUCUUGGACGCUCUACGUCAGCAUCGAAAGCGCUUCUUUAUAAUGGAAGAAGAGAUUCAACUUCAGCCUACAGUCGGUAUGUUCGUCACUAUGAAUCCUGGCUACGCUGGAAGAACAGAGCUCCAAGAGAAUUUGAAAUCACUCUUCUGACCAUGCGCCAUGAUCGUUCCUGAUUCCGAUCUUAUUUGCGAAAUCAUGUUGGUGGCUGAGGGUUUCCUGGAAGCCCGAACACUGGCCCGCAAGUUGGUCACCAACCAAGCAAGUUGGUCACUACUCCCUGUGCUGCCGUCUGCUAUCCAAACAGGAUCAUUACGAUUGGGGAUUACGAGCUAUCAAGUCUGUGCUAGUACUGGCUGGUACUUCCAAACGAAACAAUUCCAUUCACAAUCUGAGGGAAGAGGAGCUAUUAUUAGGUAAACGAUAAAUUACUUCCACUUGUUGGUCGGUGCUUCGGGCAGCGGUAAAACAGCCUUAGUGGAAGAGGCCCUGGGUUCCCUCUCUGAAGAAAACAUCACUCGUGCCGUACCUAUGCACUACUACUUGACGUCAGAGAUGCUGCAAGGUGUACUAGAAAAUUCCCUGGAAAAGAAGGCCGGAAGAAGCUACGGACCCCCGGGAACCAAGCACAUCAUCUACUUUUUAGACGAUUUCAACGCACCUCAUAUGGAUACUGUUUUCUAUGCAGAUCCUUCCUAUGCAUAAUCUUCUUCCAGCCUUUGGAAAGAUCUGUGUCCUGUGGAGAAGUAGGACCAUUCAGGCCAGCACAGCAGAGGCAUCCCUAUACAAGUUCCAUUGUGGAUGGCCAUUAACUUGAAACAACGUCAGAAAUGUAUAUUAACCGAAUCUGAAUGAAUGACAGUUGAGACGUUGACAAAAAUCAAGAAGGAUGAGGGGCAAUCUAAAAAUUCACUCCCAACAUUACAUGGUAACCACACAGCUUAUUCUGGGAGCUGCUCCUCACGAUAUUAUAGUAAUGGUAUUCAAGAUCCUGGAUACAAGCCAUACCAUAUGAAUGGAUUCUUGCUGGAAUGCUUGCAAGAUUUAAAUGAAACUCUUAAAAGUGUUGGGACCAAGCUACAUGUUUUUCAAGGAUACCCGCUGGAAGUUUUUCAUCACCUGCACAAUAUUAAGCCCAAAGCCCAUUAACAAACUUUGCUUCAUCCAGGAUUGUGAGCCUAUCAUGAAAGAGAUAUUGCUGCAAAAAAUAUUGAAGUUUAUGAACAUGUUCCACUCUGUGGGAUCCUAUGGAUAUUAUAGCAUCUAAUGGUGGGACUCCACUUCUUACUUAUGAGAUGUUUGUGCAUGUUGCAAUGUCAGUUGGAGAUCCACCUAAACCAGUAGCUGAUCCUGAAUGGAAAGGUGUCAAAUUUCUCACCCUAGAACCAUUUGAAUCCAACAGGUUUACUCUGUUUGGCGGAGUACCCACUCUAAGUCAAAUUGGGGUACCAGAAAAUCCGGUCGGUUGUCGUGGACGAAGAAUUUUUGGUGGAGAAACUAACGCACUAAAACACUUCGCCAUCAGAUUGCAAGCCGAAGAAACCGCUUUCCGGAGUGGCUUCUAUCAGCCAAACCAAGCUCGACCUGAUUUGCUUGGUCCACCAUUAUCGUUGAGCGCAGCUAUCUCAGUGCGAGCCAUCUCAGUCCGGCUGUUCUAUUGGAAAAUUCACGAAAUUUUUGAUAAAGUAAAUCGAGGAAACCCUCCUGCUUGGCUGGGCAUUACAGGCCAGAUUAUUUGGCGCGAUUACUUCUAUGCCAUGAGCCGGAUGAAUCCCAAGUUCGAUAAGAAACUAGAGAACCCAAUCUGUUUACAAAUUCCUUGGGUUGAAAACAAAGAGUUUUUUGAAAAAUGGUCAAACCGAACCGAAUAUCCAUUCAUUGAUGCUGGAAUGAGGCAACUUAAUGAAGAAGGGUGAAUGCACCAUUCCGUUCGCAAUGUUUCUAACCCGUGAAGAUUUGUGGCUUAGUUGGGACAUUGGCGCCGAGUAUAUGGCAAAUCAACUGGUAGAUUCCGACUGGUCAGUUAACUCUGGCAACUGGAUGUGGGUGUCAAGCUCAGCUUUUGAGCGUUUACUCGGUUGCUCUGUCUGUAUCAAUUCGGUAUUAUAUGGCAAGCGACUGGAGCCGUCAGGAGACUACAUUCGUCGAUACGUUCCGGAGUUAGCCAACUUUGAAUUCGAGUGUAUUCACGAGCCAUGGAAGGCUCCCAUUGAUAUUCAGCGUACUGCCAAUUGUAUAAUAGGCUAACAUUACCCUGCUCGAAUGGUUGUUCACGAAGAGGUGUUACCCCGAAAUCUGGAAUGGAUGAAGGAAUUUCGCCAAAAAUUUAAAGAAUCUCCUGCUCACUGCCAGCCUUCGUCCAAUGAAGUAUAUAAAUUUAUCUGUCUGCCAGAUGACAGUCUCCCUUUCUGAACAAAUAUCCAUAUCUCAAAUUCUCGAGUCUAUCUUUUGAAUUGAUAAUUAUUUCGAAAGAUUUAAACGGGAGGAGCUUAUUUAGACAAUUCGAUCAAAUAAAUGUAUUGGUGUAAUUCAAGCUGUGGUCAUAGGCCAUAUUUUCAUGCGUAAAGACGGCCAAAUUAAGAAUCUAUUUAUUUGAUGCUUAUUGUUGUGUUGUAAUUUUUUAUAUGUGGUUGUAAUAAACACUGACAUAGGUGUUUCAAAAA